AAUAUAUUUGAAUGUGAUGCCUAAUGCUUUCUUCUUAUAACCUAUCUACUACAGUGCAGGAAACAUAAGGACCUGUAUCUUUGGAUGGCAAAGAGCCCCAAUGGCCCAUCUGUGAAGUUUUUAGUAAAUGCUGUGCACACCAUGGAGGAACUGAAGCUUACUGGAAACCAUCUUAAAGGGUCACGUCCUCUCUUGACUUUCUCAGCCAAUUUUGAUAACAAUGCUCACUGGAAGCUUAUAAAGGAGAUGAUCGUUCAGAUAUUUGGAACUCCAAAGGAGCACAGGAAAUCUAAGCCUUAUUAUGAUCACGUGUUUGCUUUUUCCAUUGUUGAUGAUCACGUAUGGUUCCGGAAUUAUCAGAUAACUGUUCCUCAUAAUGAAUCAGAUAAAGUGGCUCGAGGAGGCCUGGAUAAAAUGACUCUUGUCGAGGUUGGUCCAAGAUUUUGUUUGAAUCCAAUCAAGAUAUUUGGUGGCAGCUUUGGAGGCCCAACACUGUAUGAGAAUCCAUUUUAUGUUUCCCCAAACCAGAUUCGAGCUUUGGAGAAAAGGCAGAAGGCUGGGAAGUAUGCAAAGAAAGUUAAAGCUAAAACUAGGAGAAAGAUGCACCAGCUUGCAAAUCCAUUGGAGCCUGAUGAAUAUGCUGAUAUGUGGAAAGAAUGAAAUUUAUCAUGACCUUUUCAAUGGUGGAUGAAAUCUAUUAUACUUAAAAUCAGCUUGUAUCCAGUAUAAAAUGGAAAAUUUUGUCAAUUUUCUUGCCAUUUUUGACAGAUAAUUUAUCACUCUCAGUUGAUUAUCUUUUUUCAUAUAAGUUUUUACUAUGCUGUUGUUCAUUGUGGCA